UAUUGUAGUUGUAUAAUGAGACGAACCACCAGUAGCCUUAGGUAUACGUGUUGCAACAAUUCCAUAUUUAGUGGAUCUGUUAGAGAUUUGGAUGGUAAAUACAGUGUUAUAUUAGCAUGUACACACCUAAUAAACUUGGUAUUGUCGCAUGGCAUAACCGAGAUCCACGCAGAUGCCACAUUUAAAGUAGUCCCGUCUAAUAUGGGCAUUCAACUGCUAAGUAUUCAUUUUAUGAUUGAUAAUUUUUCCAUACCAAUAGCCUACGCAUUAAUGGAAAGUAAAUCUAGAAACUCAUUUCAAUGCGUAAUGGAUUAUAUGAAGAAUAAUUUAAUUCCUAACAUAACACCGUCAUUGAUAAUGACUGACUUUGAACCAGCACUUAGAGAUGCAUUAUCUUCUUGUUUGGGUGUUGAAGGGACACGUGUCUUAGGAUGUUGGUUCCAUCAUAACCAAGUUAGUAACCUACUGUUGGCAGUAUGGAAAAAAAUGAAAUCCCUGAAUUAUUUACAAACAAUCAAUUCAAAUCCAUAUGCAUUGAAAACAUUGAAGAUCCUUAUGUGUUUACCAUUAUUACCCAGUGCAGUAAUAGAACAAGGUUUUCUUCUCACAAAGGCAUAUGCUAUCCACCACAACGUUCCAUUACCUAAUUUAUUUGAAUAUUACCAAAAUUACUGGAUAAGACGUGUCGGAGUUGAUGUUUUAUCUGUGAAUGGUGUCUCAAGAAGGACAAAUAAUAACUUGGAAAGCUUCCAUAACUUUUUGAGACAUAAGUUCUCUAUCGCACAUCCAAAUUUAUGGGUCUUUCUUGGUCAGAUAUGUGAGUUGAGCCAAAAGUAUCACACUAUGGUUACUCAAAUAGCCAAUGGUCUGCAACCGACUAGAAAUUUAAAGGCUAAGUAUCUUCUGAAUUCUAGAAGAAUAAAAAGGGCUGUUGAACAACAUGAAGCAGGUCUAUUAAGUGUAUGGCAAUUUCUAGUCAAAUGUUCGCAUUCCUGUGAUGGAUACGAAAGAAGGCAAAGACAUUGGGUACUUGGUAUUGAACAUGAUCAGGAAUCAAAUGAUGAUGGUUUAUCAGAUGACUUUGUCGAACAAGAAGUACCAGAAGUACCACAAAAUAUACCAGUAGUUGUACCCAGUCCAAUAAACUGUAUGGUUUGUUUAACUACAACUCCUGGUGAAAAUGUAGUUCAGCAUAUAGUUUUGCCUUGUGGUCACGCCUGGGUGUGUGAAACAUGUGUUUCAGUGUUGGAUGGUCAAUAUCCUAGAAUAUGCCCAGUCUGUCGAGGAGAUGUACAUCAUUUUCAAAGAAUGUUUUUAUCAUAAAUGAAAUUAAUAAUUAAUUAUUCUGUUAUGAAAUAUAAUAAAAGUUAAUAUUAUAUAAAAUUAUUAUGAAUAUUAA